UUUUGGGGUAGUAUAAUUUUAGCUGGUUGCCAUGAACUUUCUUUUUUAAGACCUUAUCGUCAAGGGCCCGAAGUUUAUAAACUCCAUGAGAAAAGACGUCAUGAAUGUAGAAAGAACCUUCCCAUUUUUCUUCAAGUUUUCCUUUAUGGGUUCCUUCUAAUAAGGAGUGAUAUACAAGAACUUAGUCGCUAA